CGCCCCGCGUGCGCGCGCCCGGGCCCGGAAGCGCGCAAGGCCGCGGGGAGGCGGAAGCGCGCGCGGGGCCGCGGCCUGAAGAUGGCGGCGAAAACACAGGGCGGGAUCCGCCUGAGCGCGCUGUGCCCAAAGUUCUUGCACACCAACUCCACCAGCCACACCUGGCCCUUCAGUGCAAUUGCAGAGCUCAUAGACAACGCCUAUGAUCCAGAUGUGAGCGCCAAACAGAUCUGGAUCGACAAGACCGUCAUCAACGACAACAUCUGCCUGACCUUCACCGACAACGGCAACGGCAUGAACUCUGAGAAACUGCACAAAAUGCUCAGCUUCGGUUUCAGCGAGAAGUCGGCGAUGAACGGCCGCGUGCCCGUGGGGCUCUACGGCAACGGCUUCAAGUCGGGCUCCAUGCGCCUGGGCAAGGACGCCAUCGUCUUCACCAAGAACGGCGACACCAUGAGCGUGGGGCUGCUGUCCCAGACCUUCCUGGAGGUCACCAAGGCCGAGCACGUCAUGGUGCCCAUCGUCACCUUCAGCAACCAGCGGCAGCUGAGCGAGCCCGGCGAGAGCAGGAGCAGCCUCAGGGCCAUCCUGGCCCACUCCCUGUUCCCCAGCGAGGAGAAGCUGCUGGCAGAGCUCGAUGCCAUCAUGGGCAAGAAGGGCACCAGGAUCAUCAUCUGGAACCUCCGGAAAGACAAAAAUGACAAACCAGAAUUUGACUUUGACAAGGACAAAUACGACAUCAGAAUUCCAGAAGACUUGGAUGAAACAGGCAAAAGAGGCUACAAAAAACAGGAGAGGAUGGACCAGAUUGUUCCAGAAAGUGAUUACUCCCUAAGAGCUUACUGCAGUAUUUUGUACCUGAAGCCAACCAUGCAGAUCAUCCUGAGAGGGCAGAAAGUGAAAACUCAGCUGGUUUCCAAAAGUUUGGCCUUCAUUGAGAGGGAUAUUUACAGACCCAAAUUUCUCAAUGCCAAAACAGUCAGAAUUACAUUUGGAUUUAACUGCAGGAACAAAGAUCACUAUGGAAUAAUGAUGUACCACAAAAACAGACUCAUCAAAGCUUAUGAAAGAGUUGGCUGUCAGUUAAAGGCAAACAACAUGGGUGUGGGUGUUGUUGGGAUUAUUGAGUGCAACUUCCUAAAACCAACUCACAACAAACAGGAUUUUGACUACACCAAUGAAUACAGACUCACGAUAGCAGCACUGGGAGAGAAGCUCAACGAUUACUGGAACGAGAUGAAAACCAAGAAAAACGAGGAAUAUCCCUUGGCUCUGCCCGUCGAGGAGAUCCAGAAACAGCCUGACCAGACGUGGGUGCAGUGCGACGCGUGCCUCAAGUGGCGCAAGCUGCCGGACGGCAUCGAGCAGCUGCCCGAGAAGUGGUACUGCUCCCUGAACCCCGACCCCCAGUUCAGGAAUUGUGACGUGCCAGAAGAGCCGGAGGAUGAUGAUUUAAUACACCCCACAUACGAGAAAACCUACAAGAAAAAGGACAGGGAAAAACUGAAGAGGAGACUGGAGUACAGCCACCAGAUCAAUAAUGAAAUAUUUUUAAAAACAUCUGUUUCUUCAAGUAAAGACUUCAAACCAUUCUCACCUUCGAGUGCAAAGGAAGCUCUUCCAAGGUUACUUAUACCAAAAUCCUCAGAUGCUUCUGUCAGGAGAUCUCUGCCUAUUUUAAUCAAAGUAUCUUCUCCUCAUUUGGAUGCUGAUAGCAGCCUCAAAAGGAGGACGCAGAGCUGUGCCACACCCGUGUCCCUAAAGACGCCUCGGCUCAGUGACAAAACAUUCAGCAACCACGAGCAGGAGGAUGAUGACGAUGAAGAUGUCAUCAUUUUAGAGGAGAGCAGCACUCCAAAGCCUUCAGCAGAUCCUGAUGUUCCUGUGGUGAAAACAGAAUGCAUCAAUUUGGAUCAGGAGGAGAAGCAGAAGGAAAACUCUCCUGUGGGGGAACCUUGCAGUGCCACCACUUCGGAGGCAAGAAGUGAACAGCUGAGCUCAGCAACACAGACAGAGCUCCCCAAGCUGGUGGUGAAAAAGGAGGAGGUGGAAGACAUCCCAGUCCAGGUUCCUGGGCCAGGGAUGGAAAAGGAACAGCCCAAAGUCAAUGGUGUUCCUGAGACACCUGUAGAGAUGGAAAAUGAACUGAAAAAUCAGCUGCAAUUGUUGAACAGAGAAAAAGAAAUGUACCAAAGCAAAUGCGAAGCGUUAACCAAACAGGUGCAAACACUGGAGCAGCAGCUUUUGGAGAUGAACAAUAAAUGUGUGAAAAAGGAGAUGUGCCACCAGGCCACAGAGACAGCUCCCUCCUGCCAGGAGGGGAGCGCUGAUGGGAGGAGCCUGGCAGAGGUGACGGCUCUCUAUGAGCAGGCCCUGGGCGAGAUAGCAGCGCUCAGGCAGCAGUGCAGCACCCUGCAGAACCUCAAGGCUGAGUGCAGCAAAUGCGCUGAUGGGGAGAGCAGGAGCGAGCUGGAUGAGAUGGCCGUGCAGCUGGAUGAUGUGUUCAGGCAGCUGGACAAGUGCACCACCGAGAGGGACAGCUACAAAAGCCAGAUUGAAGUCCUGGAAGUGGAGAAGAACCAAAUGGCCUGUCAGUGUGAGGAGCUCAAGGCAGAGCUGGCUCAGUUAAAAGCUUCCAUCCCCCAGGCUGUAGCACGGGCAAAUGAUUCUACCACCAGUAAUGUAGAAGACUCUGUAAAUUUUUCUGAUGGAGAAAGCCUGAAGCUGCGCUCCCUGCGCGUGAACGUGGGACAGCUCCUGGCCACCAUCAUGCCCGACCUGGACCUGCAGCAAGUGAAUUAUGACAUCGAUGUGGUGGAUGAAAUCUUAGGGCAGGUGGUGGAACAAAUGCAUGAAAUCAGCAGUACUUAAAAUCUCGCUGUUGUAGCAGAGUUUUAUUGCUCUUCCAUGAUAGGUUGCAGACUGUAAAUGGGGCUGCUUCACUUUAUAUCUUUGACAUAGGUGGAUCUCUCAGUGUAAAUAUUCCACAUUUAGCUG